UCGUGACAUUUACACCGCAAUGUUUUGUUGUCCUUGUAGCUAACAAACUGAAUGACGGCUUAGAGGUGAUUUAUUUAGUCCAUCGACCUUUGACCACAUAGAGGGAUGGGUGUGUCCCAUAUGUCCGGACUCUCUUGGCAAAGCACACCGGAAGGGAGGAGUGUCUGUCUGUCUGUCUGUCUGUCUAACGUCGGGGAUGCUUGUAAUGGACGAGCUAGCUCACCAGGGAAGGCGUGUAUACCUUAACUGAAAGAAAACCCAAACAAGUAGCAAUCAGCGGAAUCGCUGUGUCGCCUAGCUAGUUCACUGGACCUACAAGGAAUUUCGAUAUGAUUUUUGUUAAACUAAUUGUCAUGUUUUGCUGCCUACGAGGUAUUACAGGUCAGUUUGGGAACCCGUUGGAUAAAUAUAUUCGUCAUUAUGAGGGUUUAUCAUAUGACACAGAAGCCCUGCACAACAGUCACCAGAGAGCCAAGAGGGCCCUCUCUCCUCAAGACAGGACUGUGCACCUGGACUUCCAUGCACAUGGAAGACAUUUUAACUUGCGGAUGAAGAGAGAUACAACUCUAUUUUCCCCAGAUCUCAUCAUUGAGGUAUCAGGAGAGGUGGAACCUAUUGAUACAUCACAUAUUUACAGUGGAGAAAUCUUUGGGGAAAAGGGCACUCUGACCCAUGGCUCCGUGGUUGAUGGCCGCUUUGAGGGCUUCAUUAAAACCCACCAAGGAGUAUACUAUGUUGAACCCUCGGAGAGAUACCUAAAGAACAAGAAUGUGCCCUUCCACUCUGUCAUCUAUCACGAGGAUGAUAUCAAUUAUCCUCAUAAAUAUGGCUCAGAGGGCGGCUGCGCUGACCACUCUGUGCUUGAGAGGAUGAAGAAGUACCAGGCAUCUGGAGUAGAGGAGCCGCUCAAAAGGGUGAACAGUGUGAUGGAGGAGGAGGAGGAGAGCUCCCAAGGUCCUGUUAUUCUGAGGAGAAAGAGGGCAGCAGCAAAAGAGAAAAACACUUGCCAGCUCUUCAUCCAGACUGACCACCUCUUCUUCAAAUACUAUGGCACAAGAGAGGCUGUCAUUGCCCAGAUCUCCAGCCAUGUAAAGGCUAUUGACUCGAUUUACCAGGCCACAGACUUCCUGGGCAUCCGAAACAUUAGCUUCAUGGUAAAAAGGAUCAGGAUAAAAUAUACAACGAUGAAAAGACAAAACCCAAGCCAUUUGUUGCCAAAUUGGGUGGGGAAGUUUUUGGGGUUAACUCUGAGCAGAAAAACGGACUAUGCCAGCCUUGUCUUUCUGCGGCUUUUUGGGGGGUUUGGCUUUGGGGGGUUGGGGUCCCUUCUGCUCAUAUAUAUUUUUUAUUUGCCUGCCACAGGAAGCUCUGGGGGCAUCUGUGAGAAGAGCAAACUGUACUCUGAUGGAAAAAGGAAGUCUUUGAACACCGGUAUCAUCACUGUGCAGAACUACGCUUCCCACGUCCCUCCCAAGGUGUCACACAUUACCUUUGCUCAUGAGGUUGGGCACAACUUUGGCUCUCCACAUGACUCUGGGAUCGAAUGCACCCCUGGAGAGUCUAAGUUGCAGGACAAAAAGGAGCAGGGAAACUACAUCAUGUAUGCCAGAGCCACAUCAGGCGACAAGCUCAACAAUAACAAGUUCUCAAUCUGCAGCAUCCGCAAUAUAAGCGCUGUUCUGAAUAAGAAGAGAGAUGAAUGUUUUGUUGAGUCUGGCCAGCCUAUCUGUGGUAAUGGACUAGUGGAAGCUGGAGAAGAGUGUGACUGUGGCUACAGUGAUCAGUGUAAAGACAUUUGCUGCUAUAAUGCCAAUGAAGGGGAGGGCCUAAAGUGCAAGCUCAAACCUGGAAAAAUCUGCAGUCCCAGCCAAGGCCCAUGUUGCACACCAGAGUGUACUUUCAAGAGCACGAGUGAGAGUCCCUGCAGACUGGAGUCCGAAUGCGCCCAAGAGGGCAAGUGCAAUGGAGCUACUGCUCUGUGUCCUGCCUCAGAACCAAAGCCAAACCACACCUCUUGCCAUUCUGAGACACAAGUCUGCCUUAAUGGGCUAUGCUCUGGUUCCAUUUGUGAGAAGUACGGUAUGGAGGUAUGCACCUGUGCCAGCCAAGAGGGCAAGGAUGAGGCAGCUGAGCUGUGCCACGUGUGCUGCAUGGAAAAAAUGAAGCCCAACACCUGCAGCAGCACAGGCUCAGAGAGAUGGGCCCAAUUUUUUAACAGGAAGACCACAACACUGCAGCCUGGAUCACCCUGCAAUGACUUUAAGGGCUACUGUGAUGUCUUCAUGAGGUGCCGUCUGGUGGACGCCGACGGGCUGGCAAGGCUUAAGAAAGCCAUCUUUAAUGCAGAACUCUAUGAGAAUAUUGCAGAGUGGAUAGUGGCUCACUGGUGGGCAGUGCUGUUGAUGGGCAUCGCUCUUAUUAUGCUAAUGGCUGGCUUCAUCAAGAUUUGCAGCGUCCACACCCCCAGCAGCAACCCCAAACUGCCCCCACCAAAGCCACUGCCAGGUACACUGAAAAGGAGGCAGCAGCAAGCAAACCAGCAGGCACAGGGCCAGCGCCUCCCCCGUCAGCAAAGAGAGAACUAUCAAAUGGGACAGGUGAGACGCUGAGACGCUGGUCUGCUCUUUGCCUUGGUCUUCCUAGUGCCUACAAUGGGAGCACUUCACUCCAAAGAGUUACCUUUACCACCUAUUGCAAAAUUUAAAGAAGUUGCAACUGGAUCGAUUUCAAUGGACAAAGCCCAAAGUGUUUUUUUUGGGCCUACCAAACUCACCCAGCACCUCUGCUCUGAGAGCCAGAUAAGCAGAGGUUCACACAGCUUUUAUAGGAAAUAAAUACAUUUUCCAAGGAAAGACAGGAGGACAAAUUCACUGAUCUGAUGUGGUCUUAAUCUUCGAAUGCUUUUUUUUAAUUACAAGAAUGGAGGUGAAAGAAGCAGCUUUGUGUUAGAGUCGCCCUCCUCUGUCCUUCAUCUGUACUACCGUUUUCUUUUCCUGUUCUUCCUCUCUGAAGUGCUAAAAGUCCCGCCAUCAUCAGCACGAUGGCAGGACUGCAAGUCACAAAUACGAAUUUCCUGCAAAUCAAAACCAUGCAUUGAGACGUUGAGUUGUAAGAAAACUUUUUUUGCCAAUGUUAUUAGAUUGUUUUAAAUCAAAGCACCAUCAAAAGCUUAUUUCUAAACCAUGUUCUUUUAGUGUUUAAUUACAGAUGUUGCAGUAGUUUUUUUUUUUUUUUUAAUUAAAUAGAUUUUCUUUAUGAUGAUUAUUUACUUUUUAAUUCACUUUCUCAGGAUUAAUAAAACAAUGGCAAACAAGUUUAUUGAGUGGAAAAGUUGGCUGCAUGCUUAUUUAGGGUAAAAUCCCUCCUGGCUGAAACCUGAAAAUAAUGUAUAUAAAUGAGCUCAAUAAGAUUAUAGUGUCAUCUCUUAUCAGAUGGAGGGGCUGUGUGGGGAGAUUGAUCAUCUGGAUAUGUUUAUAUAUUGUUAUUUGGUUUCGCAGCUGUGUUUACAUAUAGAGAUAUAGUCUGCGGCUGAAAUAUAUGGUGAGAGAAUAGCUUUUUAUCAACCUGAUUGUAUCCCACUUUUCUUCUGUCAUAGAUGUUUUUUCCUGAUUUUUGACACUUUAACAUUUAAAACAACCACUUUGUGCCACAGAGUGCGUCUUUACAUUUAGAGUAAGGAUAGUGGAAGCGAAACGUAACUGGGUUGAAGAAGCCUGCCUAUAUGAGAAGUUAUUACCCAAAAGAAAUGUUAUGAUUGUUCUGCCCACAUUUUCAGUUGUGUUCUGUCCAUUUUUUGAAUUUCACACACUGGCAGUUGUUUAAGAAAUGACAUAAUCUGUUAAAACCACUCAAAAGCAGUUGAUCUUCUCUGCCACUGUAGCUAGAUGAGGAACCUUUCUGGUUUAAAUGUGAUAUCGAUUUUACUGGCAGUUCAGAUUAUUUGUACAUUGUAUGUUGUAGAGUUGAAUCAUUUGAGGAAAACUAGAGCUUCUCAUUCUAGCGUUGCUUUGUUGCUGCUGUUAACAGACAUUUACCAGAGCGAACAAUCGCUAUGUGUCAGUCAUCCACCACUGUUCUGUCCUUUCUUUUCCUACCUAACAGGAUUUUCUCAAGGACCUUUGUUCCCUUGUUACAACCUCCUGGUUUGUGUGAUUGCAUUUAAAAUGUGCCUACUCAGAGCAGUGUGACUGAGAUUGGUGUACCAGUGUGUGUCAGUGAUCUUUACCAUGGCUGAAACCAUUCAUGAGCUGGCAGGUUUUCCAAGCACUGUGAUCAGUUUGGACUGCUGAAAUUAUAAUGUAUUGGAAAGGAUGUGGUUCAGGACUUGGCAAUGUUUAAUUAUCAUCUUAAAUGAGUAUGUUAGCCAUAAGGUCAAAGUCAAAUAUUACAAACACAAUCUUUCAUAUUAUAAACCACAAUUUGUUUAAGAGUUUUUAGUGAGAUUAUAAUUACUGUGUACUGUACUUUAUAAAAUAUUCCUAUUUUGCCUGGCUCUAAUUUGGCUUAAUGUGAGUUUUCCAACCACAUUGAAAUUAGGUAAACGUCACUGACAGAUGGAUGAGAGUGCAGAAGAUUCUUAAGUUGAGUUACUGGCUGAAUAU